UCACCAAGGACUAUCCCUAGAGAUAUUAACAUUUAUAGGGAGGAUUAAACUAACAGAAGAGACCAGCGUAGACAUGAAGUUUGGUACAGUGAAGGUGGCAUGGUUCAUGUUCAUGGUGGCCAUGGGAAGCUUGGUGGAGCAUGGAAUGGCCCAGGGAUGUGGUAGCACUUUCUUCUCAUCUCUGGUUCAGCUGAUGCCUUGUAGGCCUGCUGUUACCUCUUUCAGUCCCUUACCACCUAAUGAUGCCUGCUGCAAUGCUGUCAAGAUGCUUGGACAGUCCUGCUUGUGUGUGGUUGUAAAUGGCCCACCAAUAUCUGGUGUCGACCGCAACAUGGCCCUGCAGCUCCCAGCAAAAUGUGCCGCCAACUUUGAUCCAUGUGAACUUCGGAUGUAACUGGUGUGGGUGCCAACUCUGGUUCUUAAUAAAGAGCAUAGAGAGGAGCUAUAAGAGAUCUUUCUAUGUACUAAGAUACUAUGGCUUACCAGUAAUAAAAUUAUUUCUGGAUGGUUCUGAAUUAUAUAUUAGCUUGUUUCUCUUACCUAGUAUUUCUAAAAUACCCCUCUUCUGCUAAGUGUUUCUGGAUCUAUUUUCACAUUGAAUCUUGUUUUGACAGUAAUUUAGUCAUUUUGUCACAGAAUAUCGUCAAUCAGCAAUAAAGAGAAUCAGUUGUUUUCAA